AUGCCAGAAUCGUCCCCAGCACAGCCAGAAGCAUCGACGCCAGGAUCAUCGCCCCCAGCACAGCCGGGAGCAUCUACGCCAGGAUCAUCGCCAGCGCCGUCGCCACAAUCGACGCCAGCACAGCCGGGAGCACCCACGCCAGCAUCGUCCCCAGCACAGCCAGGAGCGCCGACGCCAGACUCGCCCUCAGCACAGCCAGGAGCUUCGACGCCAGGAUCAUCGCCAACGCCAUCGACACCAUCGACGCCAGUGCAGCCUGGAGUACCGACGCCAGCAUCGUCACCUGCACAGCCAGGAGCACCGACGCCAGAAUCGCCCCCAGCACCGCCAGAAGUAUCGACGCCAGGAUCAUCGCCCCCAGCACAGCCAGGAGCAUCGACGCCAGGAUCAUCGCCAGCGCCGUCGCCACAAUCGACGCCAGCACAGCCGGGAGCACCCACGCCAGCAUCGUCCCCAGUGCAGCCAGGAGCGCCGACGCCAGACUCGCCCUCAGCACAGCCAGGAGCUUCGACGCCAGGAUCAUCGCCAACGCCAUCGACACCAUCGACGCCAGUGCAGCCUGGAGUACCGACGCCAGCAUCGUCACCUGCACAGCCAGGAGCACCGACGCCAGAAUCGCCCCCAGUGCAGCCAGAAGUAUCGACGCCAGGAUCAUCGCCCCCAGCACAGCCGGGAGCAUCGACGCCAGGAUCAUCGCCAGCGCCGUCGACACCAUCGACGCCAGCGCAGCCUGGAGUACCGACGCCAGCAUCGUCCCCAGCACAGCCGGGGGCAGCAACGCCAGAAUCGUCGCCAGCGCCGUCGACACAAUCGACGCCAGCACAGCCUGGAGUUCCGACGCCAUCAUCGUCCCCAGUGCAGCCGGGAGCACCGACGCCAGAGUGGCCCUCAGGACAGCCAGGAGCAGCGACGCCAGAAUCGUCGCCAGCGCAGUCAGAAGCAUCGACGCCAGCACAGCCGGGAGCACCCGCGCCAGCAUCGUCCCCGUCGCCUGCACAGUCGGGAGCACCCACGCCAGCAUCCUCGUCAACGCCGAUUCCAGAGUCAUCGCCAGCACUGACGCCAGCGCCGACGUGGGCGACUGGGUCCAGGCAGAAGGUCCUCUGCUUGCAUGGUGGUGGUGCCAACGGGGCGUCUUUCCAGGCAGCAAUAUCUUCGCUCGAGAGCGCCUGGAGCUCGAAUUUCGAAUUGAUCUUUGCGGACGCGCCUUAUGCUGGUGGGGUUUGGAUUCCAGAUCCACCUGGAGGGAAGGACGAGCCUACCACAGACCCCAACUGGGCAUCAGCGUCAAUUGAGUACCUGGACGGGCUUGUACGAGACCAUGGGCCAUUCUAUGGCAUCCUAGGAUACUCACAAGGUGCGGCCUUCGUACCUGUCUACCUUUCCCACGCUGCUGCGGGCACCUUUCAGGUGGCAAUGUUGUUCAGCGGGUAUCUUCCAGUCAACCAUCUUGGCAUUCUGGCCACGAUAAGAUCAAGCAGCCCAUUCAGCAACAUCGACGCCCUGGUGUUCAUGGGCGAGAACGAUUGGAUCAUAAGCAACGAGCAGACGCUGGAGCAGGCUGCUUUAUUCAGUUCGCCCGUUGUGAUCACAAGCAGCAGUGCUGGUCAUAACAUGCCGGUUCCAUCUGAUCCCACGUUCGAGGAUGUCGUCAAUUUUCGACCACACGGUCACAGCACAGUACUGACGCCAGCACCGACGCCAGCGACGACGAUGGCGUCUGAGUCUCGGCAGAAGAUCCUUUGCCUUCAUGGUGGCGGUGCCAAUGGGGCGUCUUUCAAGGCAGCAAUGUCUUCGCUCGAGAGCGCCUGGAGCUCGAAUUUCGAAUUGAUCUUUGCGGACGCGCCUUAUGCUGGUGGGGUUUGGAUUCCAGAUCCACCUGGAGGGAAGGACGAGCCUACCACAGACCCCAACUGGGCAUCAGCGUCAAUUGAGUACCUGGACGGGCUUGUACGAGAUCAUGGGCCAUUCUAUGGCAUCCUAGGCUACUCACAGGGUUCUGCCUUCGUACCUGUCUACCUUUCCCAUGCUGCUGCGGGUACCUUUCAGGUGGCAAUGUUGUUCAGUGGGUAUCUUCCAGUCAACCAUCUUGGCAUUCUGGCCACGAUAAGAUCAAGCAGCCCAUUCAGUAACAUCGACGCCCUGGUGUUCAUGGGUGCGAACGACCAGAUCAUAAGCAACGAACAGACGCUGGAGCAGGCGGCUUUGUUCAGUUCGCCCGUUGUGAUCACAAGCAGCAGUGCUGGUCAUAACAUGCCGGUUCCUUCUGAUCACGCGUUCGUGGAUGUCGUCAAUUUUCGACCACACGGUCACAGCACAGUGCUGACGCCAGCACCGACGCCAGCGACGACGAUGGCGUCUGAGUCUCGGCAGAAAAUCCUUUGCCUUCAUGGUGGCGGUGCCAAUGGGGCGUCUUUCAAGGCAGCAAUGUCUUCGCUCGAGAGCGCCUGGAGCUCGAAUUUCGAAUUCAUCUUUGCGGACGCGCCUUAUGCUGGUGGGGUUUGGAUUCCAGAUCCACCUGGAGGGAAGGGCCAUCCUACCACAGACCCCAACUGGGCAUCAGCGUCAAUUGAGUACCUGGACGGGCUUGUACGAGAUCAUGGGCCAUUCUAUGGCAUCCUAGGCUACUCACAGGGUUCUGCCUUCGUACCUGUCUACCUUUCCCAUGCUGCUGCGGGUACCUUUCAGGUGGCAAUGUUGUUCAGUGGGUAUCUUCCAGUCAACCAUCUUGGCAUUCUGGCCACGAUAAGAUCAAGCAGCCCAUUCAGUAACAUCGACGCCCUGGUGUUCAUGGGCGAGAACGAUCAGAUCAUAAGCAACGAGCAGACGCUGGAGCAGGCUGCUUUGUUCAGUUCGCCCGUUGUGAUCAGAAGCAGCAGUGCUGCUCAUAACAUGCCAGAUCCUUCCGAUCCCACGUUCGAGGAUGUCGUUCAGUUUCGGCAGCAUGCUCUCAGGUGA